AUGGCUGAAAGAUUAGAUGGUAGAAGCACACUGGGAAACACGUCAUUUCCUAGCAGUGUUGGAAGUUCGAGCGGUAGUGAAGGCUAUGACCAUCUACAAAGAGUUGAAGGCUAUGAUUAUGAAUUUGUACCACCUCCUGAUUCCAAAUAUGAAUGUGUUAUUUGUUUAUUGGUGUUACGGGAACCACAACAAACUAAAUGUGGACAUAGAUUCUGUAAAGUCUGCAUUAUUAAAUGGCUAAGAGAGUCCAAUAAGACUUGUCCAGUUGACAAUGCCAAGAUAGUAGAGAGUGACUUAUUUGCAGAUAAUUUUGCUAAAAGAGAAAUCCAGAAUUUUAAUGUUCGUUGUCCAAAUAAAAGUCAAGGAUGUGAGAAGAUUGUCAUGUUGAAUUUAAUACAAAAACAUAUAGAAGAUUGUCCGUUUGGUUUGAUACCAUGUUCUAACAAUUGUUCUGAUAUCUUACUACGCAGGGAUCUGAAUCAUCAUCUAUCAUCAGUAUGUUGUUACCGACAGAUCACUUGUCAUUCCUGUUCCCGUCGACUUACUUAUAAUGAUCUACAGAAACAUGAAUUUGAUUGUCCAGAAAUAAUUGUGGUCUGUGAAAAGUGUGAUAAACAACUUUUGAGAAAAUGGAAACAACAUCAUGAAAACACAGAAUGUUUAAAAACUGUGGUAAAUUGUAUGUUUCAACCUUUAGGAUGUCCACAGCAGAUGGAAAGACAGACAAUGGAAGAACAUAUGGAGAAAGGUUUAUCAGAUCAUAUGAAAAUGUUAUGCAGUGAAGUUGUUCAGAUUAGUCGUUGUUUGGGACUACCUACAGGACAAAAUUACAAUCCCACGGAUAAUGGAUCAAUAUCUGAUUUUCAGUCUUUGAAAAAGGAAAACAAUUUACGUGAUAGUAGUUUAGCAGAGCAUGGACAGGAAAUUUCUCAAUUGAAUGACAAGUUUCGAGAGUAUGAACGGAUUAAUCGUGAUUUGAAACAAAGAGUGAAAUAUUUAGAAAGUUGUAUUGAUGAACGCGAUGGACGUUCUUGUAACGGAAUUUAUUACUGGAAAAUAAAAGACUACAGUAAAUUACGGCGUGAAGCUCAGCUUGGCAAUAUGCCAGCCAUUCAUAGUCCACCAUUUUAUUCUAGUUUCUAUGGUUACAAACUAUGUGUACGUGUUAAUUUAAAUGGAGUGGAUAGUGCAAAAGGAUCAUUUUUAUCAAUAUUUAUCCAUUUUUUACAGGGUGAUUUUGAUGAUCUAUUAGACUGGCCAUUCGCUGGUCGAAUAAUUCUAUCAGUAAUUGACCAAAACAGUACUGCUGAUUAUCGCAGUCAUAUUGUGGAAACAUUAAUCGCCAAACCUACAUUGGCUGCAUUUCAAAAACCAACCACCACACGUAACCAUAAAGGAUUUGGGUAUAUGGAAUUUGUGCCUUUACAUGUGUUAGACAAAGGACAAUUUUUGAAAAAUGACACAUUGAUAAUAAAAGCACAUGUUAUUCCUAACAGUUAGAAACUGUUUACUUUAAUAAUUAUAUAUUACAAAUAUUAUGUUUACUUUAUCAAUCCACAAUUUGGAAGUGAAUUUUGGAUUGAUUUCAGCUUAAUUAUAUUAUUAAUAUACCAAAUCAAUAUUCUGAAGUUUCAAUGUGGCAUCAGGUGUUCUAGAAGAGUACGAGCAUGAUCUGUUUUGCUCACUUCACCCACUGAAGUAUUUAUUAUAGUGGAGCUCAAAUUCAAUCAAGUUUUGAAUUUGACUCGGCUUCAAGAAUUUUGCUCUCAGAUACAUUCAUAAAUAAUGAUAAAAACAAAAUUAGCCAAUAAGAAUUCUUGUAUUACCAUUACCAUUAUUGCAAUUGUGCUGUCUGUCAGUUGACUAGUUUAAUAGUUAAAUUUCUGAAUACACAGUUUAAAGGAAUAGUAAGUUUUCAGAAUUUCAGAUCACUGAUGAUUAUUCUCAUUUUGUCUUAAACACAAAAUUAACUUCACCUGACAUCGAUACUUGAAAAUCCCAAUUUUCUUCAUGGCAUGAUGUCACAUUGUGGAAAAUAACCAAAUGAUGAAAAUUUUAAAGAAUGAGGAAUUGAGAAAAAGUGGUCAUUCUUUAUUAUACCUUUAUACCAGAAAGUAAAUUUACAUGAUCCUUUGUCAAAAAAUAGUUACUUC